CAAACUCCGGCUAAGCUGCCUGGAAAUUAUCUUUGGCCUCCACGUAAACCUCUAACGAAACAAACAGAUAAAGGUUCUGGGUUUUUCUCCGUAGUUUCGAAUAGAGAAGACGACCUAAAAACGUUGACCACCAUCACAAUAAGAAGUGCUGGAUAUGAUUUUAUGGCCACUCAUGAAAAAUCUCUCAGAAUUCGGCGUCAGAUAAUUACUCGCACUAUAACCGAGCCCUCAGUCGUGUCCUCAGUUAAACCCUUUGCGGAAGACUUGGUCGAGCUGGAGCUAGAAAUGAGCCAAAAGGGUAACCCAGAGCCUGGGCCUGAGUGGCCAACUGCGAUUCAGGCCUGGGGAAAAGCCUGGGACCUACAUGUAUAUGUGUUUGCAGUUCUUUACAUCUUAAUCACAAUAGCUUCUGGCUAUGGACUUGCUGAUGAUCUCUUCAGAAAUCAAGGAAUCAAGGGACUCAAACUGACUUUGUUUCUGACAUUUUUAUUUCUGGGUUCCUCACGUGGUAUCAUGCUGCUCGUCGAUCCUUACAACUCACGAGGAAUUUUGGACCUCUACAGUUCUUAUGUCACGUGGUCAUUAGGCUUCCCGUGUGUCCUCACGGCCCUUGGUCUUUUGCUCUUGGUAUUUGGGGAGGCAACCAGUAUGGAGAUAGCCCCUCCACGAUUUCAGAAAUUAUCCACAGCGCUGGGAAUCAUGGCUUGCAAUAUAAUUGUAGUAUUGGGAGUAGAUAUCGUCUUCUUACUCGCCAAGAAGUUCAUCUCACUUCUGAUAAUUUGUCAUAUUUAUUUCGUCCUUUUUGGCAUCAUUUUGACCGUUGGUUAUUGCUGCGUAGGCUGUAAAUUAUCCUGCAACUCGGCAGCAAGUGUGUAUGGUGAUACAGGACUUUUAAGACUUAAAAUGUUUGUGUUCACCCUAGCAAUGCUGAAUGGUCUUUUCAUCGGAAUUCAAGUCUUCUCAGCUUUUGACUUCGUCCUUCAUCCAGGGGCUCCCAGUGCUUGGCCAUGGUACGCUAUCCAAACCUCCCUGCGGGCGCUGGAGGUGAGCAUGUGUUUAGUGAUGUUAUUGAUUGCAUUUAACAACAGAGUGAGAUCAUCGCCACCUCAAAUGAGAACUUCUUUUCACUUCCGCAAUACUGUUACACCGUUCCAAGCGUGGGAACCCUCAGAAGGGCAGAAAAGUUAAGAAGAUACUAAAAAAGAUAUUGGAGCUUCAGCCGGAGUCGAUUCUUAGAGCAAACUUUUAAUGGCAAAGGGAAAUCUUACAGCUAUAAUAACUGUCUGCUGAAGCGUCAGUCAAAUCCUAUGCAUACGAUUCAUGCUCAUAAUAAUAUGAUACUUGUUUUGUAUUUCACCUGUGAGCUUAUUAGACGGCGAGUCUCAUGUUCUCGAGGUUAUUGCCGUAUUUAGUAUGCAAAGGAGAUUAAACCAGUCCAUUUUGUUUUCAAUGUAAGACUUUAAGUUAUCAGCCUAGAGUUUUGCAGUUUAAAUUUAAAAAUAAAACAUCUUUUUUGAAUGUGCCAAAAGUAGUGAUGCAUGAACUCUUGAAGGAGCCGUAAAUAGCUCAUUAUUUGUAUCAAUGGUAAUGUUUGACCCGCCUUGAAUAAAAAUCUCACACUGAAGUUAAGAUUUUGCUGAUAUAUCUUUGGGUAACAUGCAGGUCUUUUGCAUUGAUCACGUUAAAUUUACGAAGUCGUCUCUAAAAACUGACUCAAAAACUCCACUGAACUUAAGCAGCUACAGCUGUGAGAGCAAAUAUAAAGCUGUUCCAUACUCAAACCUCAAAUAUUCACUAAGCAGUCCAAAAAUGACUACAUUUCACGGAAUGUUUUCUUUUCGUGGUUUCACAGUGGGUGACACCACAAGCGUUCCUCGUUUAAAAAAACACCCGUAACUGAAAAACAGAAACAGAAAUCAUCAGAUGAAACAAAGCAGAGCUGACAUGAAAACCACUCCGUCGUCGAGAUUUUUCCCCUUGCGUUGAACCCUUUGUAGUUAGUAUGUCGUGAUCUAUUUUAUAAAUGGGAAACACUUGCGAUAGCCGUUAUAAGCUUCGGGUAGUUGUGUCGUUGGUGCUUCAGGUAAGCUUUUUCCAUCUACAUCAUGGGUUCGCGCUAAAAAAAAUUGGUAGUGCUGUUGUUUUGAAUACCAUUUCAUUUGUACUUCAGGUCUGGUUUCAAAUAUUGGAUCUGGGACAAGUCAUUUCACUUGAGAAUCAAGGUAAACUAUAAAAAGUUUUGCCGAUAAAAUCGCAUUUGAUUACGGUUAGGGUCUUACCGACUUGUUUUCGAUAGUUAAGUAUCGAGAUUCUGAUUAAUUCUGAUACCUAAGAAUAAAAUACUUAGGUGGUAGGAACUUUUCCGAAAUUUAGUUAGCAUUUCAACUUAUUUUCAUCCGACAAAAUCUAUAAAGGAAAGGUGAAUUUGUGAAAAUUUAACACAAUCAGUAAACACCGCAUAGCGUUAUGAUUUUAACUACUUUGGCCUCAUAGCGAGAUCAUCUGAAAAUAAAAAAGUAUAUUCUCUCCGAAAAUAUAAUUCACAGUUAUAUCAUGAGAGGGAAUUUUUUUUUAAAGGCAAGGAGGACACGUUAUGAGACACUAAAAUAAAUCCAACUAUGUAAUCAUUUCAGAUUGAGAAUUUCGAUCGUGACGAUUAAAGAAUAUAUAUAUAUGUAACUUCUAUGUCUUAAAAAUCUACACACGAAGAUUUCAUUUUUGUUGCAUGGAAAUUAACCAUGCCCUUGAUAAAUCGAACGUGCGGUCCGCUCUAUUUUUUGCCAGUAACUAUUUGCAAAGGCCAUUUCAAUUAUUCUCGAGACAUCUCCUGGAACGUCUCCAAAAUAAACAUUUUGAAUUUGUGAUGAACGUCCAAAUUGCAACUUUUCCAGACAAUGUGAAGAAUAUGUCAAUCAGCUCAAUCGGGAAAUUACCACUUGUGGUGCUCCCAGCAUAAAUGCACGACUUCUGAAAGACAUUUUUCCGCUCGUUAUGCGUUCUGUUAUUGAAUUGGCGGAUUAUGGAAUUUGAACAAAUACACUCAAUUCUGAAAGUGGUUAAGACAAUAUAAUUUUUUUAUGCACUUAUAAUACGAAUUCACCGUCAUCCGUCUUGAAACUGUUUUUGAGUUUCGUCCAAAGUGCUUAUUUUAAACUCUUACCAGCAAAUUCGAUGGUUAAUGAGUUUCGUCUCUGAGUUGCAAAACAAGUGAAGCGGUAAAGCACCAUAGCGCGAUUUCCAAACGUUUAGGGUUUGUUCCAUCAUGCGGAGCUCAGACUUUUUUCUUUGUCUCGCACUCAUGACAAGAAAAAUAACAUCUUUCUUUCUUUAAGUUAACCCUUUCACUCUCAAGAUCUCAUUUUUAAUUCUCCCAACUGUGUGCCGUAAAAUUCUUAUAAUGCUAGUUCAAAGAGAUUGGUAUUAGAUCAACUGGUAAUACCCUGAUUAAUAAUAUUCUUUAUUCCUAUCACUCUUCUGCUUGAUAUGGUAUUUUCAUUGCAAGGAGAAAUUCUGUCUUGGUCACUCAUGGGAGUUAAAGGGCUAAGUGGUUCUAGCCGUGGAGAAGUACUCUUCUAUGCUAAAACAAGAGUCAGAUAACCACAGACUUAAAACGGAGAUUUGACUAUGAGCCUUGCAUAAUUUGAGUAGAUCAGCAUUAAUCAUAACAGAGAUGAACCAUAAAAAAUUUUGGAAGUUGUUUAUUAAUUUACUUUGAUUUAUAUAUCAGUUCUGCAACAUUGUAACCUGUCAACAAAGGCCGCAGUCCUCUUGCCUUUUAAUGAACACUACAGAAACAAAGAAGCCCUGAAUGGUAGCUUGAAAGUGCGCAUGUCUAACAUUGAGUUUGUUUCCGGUAUCGAUGGCGAGCCAGGCGGGGCCAUUUUAUUCAAAGGAAGCCAAGACUCUUACGUAGAAAUUGAGGCAGAUAAGCAGAUCGAUUUUGGCUAUUCUUUAACAAUUCUGUCUCAUAUUUUACCAUUUGAAAGUCACACUGGACCAAUUGUUCAUUACAAUGCCAAUCAGCACGGAGUACAAAUGUGGAUCCAGGGAACUAUGGGGAAGAAAGGACGGUUGUCUGCGCGAUUUAACAAAAGAAACCUUUCCUAUUCCAAAUGGUUGUACGUUGAUGUCAUCAACGUGGGGACGUGGAAUUUUAUUGGUGCUUCUUAUGACCACGUGACGGGCGAGGCCUCUUUGUAUCACGAUGGAGUCCAAGUUUACAGUACGUCUAUAGGAAAGAAUAUAUAUUUGGCGACGCAAUACGAGAUCAGGAUUGGUGCCAUGUUAUUGCCAUUUUUGGGGAAAUACAAAGGCAAAGUCGCUUGUGUUCAAUUUUAUUCUAAAGCACUUCAGCGGCAGGAAGUUGCGGCGGCGAGGCGCGCUUGUAUGCCAGGUAUGUACACAAUCUCUGUGACUGUUGUAACUGUUUAACAAAACGGCACCCUUCACUCGAUGAGGAGUAAGCUCGACCUAUAUCCAAUUGAUGAGCGAGCUCCUGUGAUACAAAUACGCUAAUGCUGAUGUAUAUAGUGCUAAUAUCGUAAUAUUAAAUUUCAAUUGAGUGUCGAAAGCUAUGCGGGAUUGCCUUAGGUUCGUUUUCCUUCGCUCUGUGAUUGGUCCAGAAAACUCGAGCCACCCUCUUAACAAAACAGAUGCAAAAGAAAAACAACAGAGACUUCAACGCUCUUCUUUCUUUUAGCUCUCAUUGGCUCCGUGUUUUAUUUACCUCCUCAGUGAUGUGGAUUUACGUUAACUUUGGCCUAGGCUUGACAACACUCGAUCGAAAUGCCCUUACCUGGAUGUGAUAACCUUGAGUCAAACGACAUGCCGUGUUAUUAGCUGAGAGAGUUCUGGCUUGAAUUUUUAUAGAGCUACUUAGAUAGCUUUUUUACUCAUCGAGAAUAUGUUACUGCUCAUCGCCUUACAGGGGAACAUGAAAUGGAAUUUUUUUGUUUGGUUUUUGUUGAAAAAUAAUUGUUUUCGUAGACUUUGUUGGGAAAUAACUGUACAUAAUGGUAGUAGUGCUAUUGGUUGGUUUUCCUCGUUAUAGAAAAUGCCUCACGGCUAUUCUUCCAAGAUCUUCUUCAAAUCUGAUCUUGCAAGUAAUUGGUUACUGUCGGCAGUUCGUGAUCUCAAAUGCAAUCGAGAAAAUGUCAUAUCUAUUUCUUUUGGCAACCCAUUUGGUUUAGGAACAAAGAUAACGGGGUUAAGCUUAAACGUUCAACAAUCGCUGGGUAGAGUUUAGAAACUUCAUUCUUGACACAAAUUUAUCCUGUUUUCAGUUGUGCCUUUGCAGUAUCUCUCUCUCAACCUAACCUCGCCAUCGCACCUGGUGGAGGUGAAUGAAACGAGGUUAAAAGUCAAGGCAAGUGCAAACGAGAACGCCACGAAAGCUAGCUUCAAGUUCGACUGGGGAGACGGCAUAGAAACAUGUAGGGGAGUCUGGGACAUAGGUGAUCACAUGUACCGCUCCAUCGGUAACUAUACGUUGCGUGUGCGUGCUUGGACUAUGUGCAACACAAGUAUGUUGUCUGCUACAGCUAACAUAUCUGUUCCUACGCCAGUACUCAUUCUUGAGAAUGUAACCCUGCAAAGUAACGCAACAGUGUUUGGAGAGGCAACUCAGUUUCGUCUCUUUGUGGGAAAAGGGUCUCACUUUGAAUGUCUCUGGUCACUGGGUGAUCAUGUUAAUUUCACUACGUAUACCUCUCGAACUGAUUCGAGAACUUUAGUUCGGAAUUAUACCUUCACAGUCCCUGGUGAUUACAAGGUUCGGGUCACUUGUAGAAACAGAAGAAGCGAAUCAACCGUUAGUAUUAUAGUUGUUGUUCAAAAUCGUAUCAAGGGCCUUACUAUGUAUCCGAUACCUCCGAUAUUGUUUGGAACUGAGUUCAAAGUACGAUGGAAAAUAGACAGCGGCGAGGAUGUCACGUACAAAGCAACUUUUUCCGCCGCCCCAUUGCAAGUUGCUGCAAAGACAGAGAAAGAUUUGCAUGGAAACGCUCUUGUAACAAUGCAGCAAUACAAAACUCCGGGAGAAUUCCUUGUUUACGUCGCUGCUUCCAAUACAGUCACGAAUUGGAUCUCCGCAUGGACAAAAUGCAACAUUUUUCGACCCAUUAAUCCCUUCACUCCUAUCGUUCUUGAUAGUUCCAGGGAUAUAGAGAUUAAUAGAACCAUCACUAUCUUGUUCACAAACAUCUCCUCCAUCUCUGGAACAAAUGUGUCGUAUCUCGUAAACUUUGGAGACAACAGUGAAGGAAUAGUCACCCAUAGAUCGUACGUUAAUUACUCGUAUAGUCUGCAUGGUCUUUACACAGUCAAUAUUACAGCAAUAAAUGAAGUAUCUACCUUCAAUACUAGCAUUACCAUCAAGGUUCACAAACCAGUCUUCAAAUUAGAAGGGGCUAGUAUUCCAUCGCUCAUUGCAAAGUUGAACCAAAGUGUUGACAUUCCAAUAUUCUUUCUAAGGGGAUCUGAUUUUCACUGCCACUGGGAGUUUGGAGACGGACAGGAAAUAAAGAAAAACGCCACGGAGGAGCUAGUAUAUUUAAAGGAUUUAAAUAAUAGCCACGAAUCCUUUACCAAUGUAAGCAUGUCUGUACGACAUGUUUUUAAGAGAGUGGGUGUAUAUCAAGUCAUCGUGAAUUGUCAAAACCGUUUGAGUAAAAUGAUAACAACUGCUCAUGCUGUGAUUCAAAUGGAAGUACAAUUCUUUCAAGUUUCACACGUUAGUCCAGUGAGGUUUGGGGACACUUUCACUGUCAAUUGCACCAUUGGGGCCGGAACAAAUGUGAGUUUCAAGGUGUAUGUAAAUCAUCAAGAACUUGACAUAGAAAAUCAAGAUUUUUUUGGUAUGGCACAUGUAACGCCAAGUAUUUAUAAACAAGCUGGGAAGUAUAACAUAACAGUCACAGCAACAAAUCUUGUCACCCCUCUACUGAGUCGCACACAAGUGGUCAUCAUAGAGGUUCCAGUUGCUGAAGUUCACAUUAACAUGAAGUAUUUUGAGGGAGGUAAAUUCUAUGCUGGACAUGGUGAGGGCAUGAAUAUUUUCCCAGAAGGAAUUCCAGUUAUAUUUGAUGCCAACGUUGACAAAGGUUCCAGUUUGGAGUACACAUGGUCAAUCAGUAAAACUACCACAUACAUUGAACAGAGCACACUCACGAUUCAGCAUAUAUUCCACACUCCUGGAACAUAUAAAAUAUCAAUACGUGUUAGCAAUCACGUGAGUGAAGCAGUUUCUGUUGUAGAUAUUGCAGUUCAAAAACGUGCAAAAUUCUUGCAUAGUUUUCUCGAAUGCUCUUCGCCCAAGGCUAGAAAUGAAACUGUUACCAUUUGGGCAGCUUUGGAAGUGCUUGGAACAAACUCAACUCUUUUAGUGGAAUUGGGCAACAUCACGAGAUAUUGGUACGGAGAAGCCGAUGCGAUAGAUAAUCUCAAUACAGCAGCGAACAAGAUAAAUACGCUAUACCAGGGAAAUCUUGAAAGAACAACCAUCAUGCGUUACGCCUUUGAAACUCCAGGAGUAUAUAACAUAACAGCAACCCUAACAAAUUAUGUCUCUAGGUCAUCAGUGACCUGUGAAGUUGAAAUUCUGCCCAGGCCCUGUAAAAAACCUGAAUUGAGGUUAAAAAAUGUCGGCAGCAGUCCAGCAGAUGCAAGAGAUCUCUUUAAAGCUAGUAAUAUUAUUAUUGAGGCUGAUGUUGACAUCUUCUGUCCCGAGUCUGAAAAAUCCCAUUACGAAUGGAAGAUAUUUGAAUACAAUCAAGAAACAAGAAGCUUUAUGCUGUUUGCCGAUAUAAGUUCUUACGGAGAAGCUUCCAUGCGAGAAUUACGACUCCAAAAGAGGGCUUUGCCGUUGGGAUUAUUCAGACUAAGUUUGAGUGUGAACAUGACUGGAGAUGGCCUGGAUGAUUUCUUUGCAGCUGCAGAGGGAUAUAUUAGAACAAUAAAAUCUCCAUUGGUUGCUGAAAUCAAUGGAGGAAGCGAGAUAAGAAGGACUUUCGGGCCAUUGGUAUCUUUAAACGCUCUGGGCUCUCAUGACCCUGACAUCGGAGCAGGGAAUCACUCAGGUAUUUGUAUUCAGCAACAAAUCUUAUUCUCAGGUAUUUGCGUUCAGUAGCCUCCUGAAAGUAUUGUGCUUUUCCAUCGUCCUAAUCAGACUGAACCUAAAAUUUCACCGCAUGGUAAGAAAGCAAACCCACUACUACUGCAGGGUCAAUAGGGAGAUCGAUUUCUUGAUUUCUUCUGUGAUAUCCUUUUUUCAGAUCUAGUCACUUUUCCCUAUUCAGCAAACACCAUCGAUUCAAUUUCGUUCACAAACGUAUGUGCAUGCGUCUUGUGCUUCUGGUCAGGUAGAUUACCUAUUUAGGCUCUUUGAAAUUACAGUGAUUUUACAGCCUUGGAUCAGAAUAAGAGCACAAAACUGACAAUGGAGUAACCAUAAUAUAUUCCUCUUCCCAGGAAUGCGUUUCUUGUGGCUUUGUAGGAAUAUCUCCGAAAGAUUUCCGGACCUACUGGAAGAGAUUAUCAAUGGUACCGCAGAAUAUUCGAAUUCAAACCUUUCCCCUAAAUUUUCUGCCAGUUCUGAGCGAGGUUGUUAUCGAAAUGGAGAGUACAUCAUUUCAAAUAGAACACACCUUAACCUAGCGACAUCUCGUAUGACAGCUGAAGAAAAAUAUCACAUAGAACUGGUAGUUAGAAAGGACAGCAGAAGUAGUUCAACAACUCAGUUAUUGGAGUUGAGUGUGGAGGACAUUCCAAUCUUAAUCAUAAGGUAGGACAAAUUGACGCGAACUAAACUGGAAAUAUCAGGGGGAGGGGUGGAGUUAGAGUUGGUAACCAUUUCUUGUUUCUCUUGUGUCCAUAACACUAUUCCAAGUAAAAGCAAACUAUGGUGAUUCCUGAUGUAGAUAAGACAUGUUACUUUUUCUAAAGGUGUGUGGUUAAUUGUGACAACAAAGUAAAUCCUUCGGAAAAGCUUACUGUGUCAUCUGAGUGCCUGGGAAACGCCUGUAACGCGAAACUGACUUAUUCCUGGUCUUUGCUGUACUUGGAAUUAGACGCAGGUACAAAAUCAGUUUGGAAAACCAACAGUUCACUAAUGAAUCCGCGCUACAUCGCACCAUAUGGAAGCUUUCCAAUCAUUGUCAUAAAGAAAAAUGUCCUACAAGGAAACAGACUUUACAAACUUGCUGUGAAAGGAAUUCUGCCAUCUGGUAGCUAUGGACGUGCUUCUCAUGUUUUUGAAGUCAAUGCUCUUCCAAGGGACGGGACAUGUGACAUUGAGCCACGUGUCGGUCAUGUGCUGACCACGCGGUACAGGCUCUGGUGCACUGGCUGGCAUGACCCUGAUGGUCCCUUUAGGUACGAGAUUUACCACGUUCGUGGAAAAGAGGAAUCGCCUCUGUAUUACGGAACAGACGCAGCAACAAUCAUUUCACUUCCAUUAGGGGACGGAGAGAAUUACACUAUGAAUAUCACAGUUCGCGUCUCCGACAGAUUAGGCGCAACAUCAUCUGUGAGGCUUCAACUUCAGGUAACUGUAGAAAAUCAUCAAUGCGAUUGGCUAACAAUGUAUUCCUCCGGGGUCGUGCAACAGAUGCUUUGUGAUUAGAACCUCCUGGGUCUUCUUCCCGAAACGCUUUAAAUUGAUAUCGUGGGAAAAACUAGCCGUUUGCAUCUUUAGGGUUGAUAAAAGUGAAAGUUUCGUUUUCAUUUUCUAUGGCAAAUUACUGUCACUGUGCAAACUACAAAAUAUUUUCUUUCUUGCAGUCACUUCCUCCACUCCUUAAAGGCACCCAGCUUAUAAAUCAGCUGUUCGACUUGAUAAAGGAUACGAACCAGGAUAUGCUGCGUAAUGCUAUGAGCAUUAGUUCUGUUUUAAACUACCAAGCAGGACAGGACACUUCCGAGCUUGCAGAACAGCGAAAGAAGGUUUGAACUACGAGAAUUCUCUCCCUGAAGGCGUGUUACUUCUUGAGUUUGUCCUCAUGUUUCCACCACCACUAGUGCUGACAUUCUUGUUAAUCACUCCACUUUGAUAAACCGUCGUAUUUCGUCUGUUUGUGAAACACUGCUGACAUUUCAAUAGUUCUUGCAGCAUUUUCUUGUUCAAUGAGGCUGAAAGUAUUGAUGAUAAAUAGAAACACUCUUACCAAUUCACAGAUACGCGAACUGCUCAUAUUUGCAUUGGUGAAGGAAACGACUCCUUCUGGUCAGGCCGUUCAGGUUUUAUCUGCGUCUCUCCAAGAAGCCACUCAAGUAACCAGUGAAGUAUCAUAUGAGGCACAGGUAGAUAGCAGUUAAAUAUGUUUUCUGUGUAAGGUCGCAAAAUGGUAAGGUAUAAUGUAGGUGUUUUCAAUCAACAUCCCUGAAACAGCACUGUACACGUUACCUUUUACUUGAGAGGUUCACGUCGACUCGCUCCUCUCGUGACAGUCUCAAUAACAGAUAAAUAUCAAAUAAUAAUAAUAAUUCAUUGUCCUUCCAUCCGUGCUGUCUGUCUUUGCAAAAUAGCUGACUCAUGUAGGUUCCAUAUAUUUUUGUACAAUCAGUUGUGUGAUUGUCGCUAUUUUUCAGGAAGCAGCUACCUCAGCGCUGGACAAAAUGGCUGCUGUAUUUGAGAGUGAGUCCCCCGAGACAAGCUCUGAUUCAUUGGACACAGCUGCUGUCGGAAUGUGUGGAACUAUCGGAAAUUUGCUUGACGUCGCCUCAGAAAAUGCCGCUGUCCAUCAGCCAAACAACACGAAUCAGACGUUAUUAGAAAAUGUCAAAGAACAAGCUGACAAUGAGACUAUGCACUCAAAGGUAGGCUUACGAGUUUUUCAUCUAACCUAUAUUUCCGUACUUAAUCAAGGAGUAGGUCUGCCAGAAAAAGCCAUCUUAUUAUGUCAGUAGGUCUGCCAGAAAAAGCCAUCUUAUUAUGUCAUUAUUGGCGUAUCUUUAGGUAAUGAUGAUUUCAUGGAUUUUCUGCAAUAUCACAAUUACGCCGGCGUGCUAGUUCAGCUUUUUAAUGUAUGAAUGCUUCAUUCUUUUCAGAGUAAGGUUUUGGUAAAUAAAUUAUUCAAAGUUGUGGAUUCGUUGUCAACGUCAGUGCUCAGAACAAAGGUACCCUAUGAAGAAGCUACAGAGAUAAUUUCCCCACGACUUGCUCUAAACCUGAAGAGCACCGCUCCCUCUGGGACUGGAGGGAACGUGAACACAGGAUUUGCAAGCUUUAAUGUGCCAAAAGGAAAAGACUUGCUCCGUAAUGCAAGGCCAGGAUUGACAUCUAUUAAUCAAAAGGUAUGUUUCUUAGUGAUUAGGUAUAAUUUAAUACAAGUAUUUUACUGUAUCAUCAGAUAUUACACCUCCAGCAAACGACACACCUCUAUGAUCGGUUUAGAUCCAAUACUAGAUCCAAUAGCGUUGGUGACUAUAUUUUCCAGUGCUUUAAAUGCUUCAGUUUGUAUCAAUGUCGGAUACUGUCAUUCUUGUUACUGAGAACGGUCAUACUUUUUAGCGUCGCUAUCCUCGAGCUCAAACCAUUAACUUUGGUAGAGAAGGGUUGUAUGUUAUUCUCCUUUAUUUGCAGGUAAUGCAUACGCCAAAAAAUUACCAUACCUACCAUAACUCAUCAAGGGACAUCAAUACCCCUGUUGUCAGCCUUUCUUACGAAGACAAGGAAAAGAAAGAGUUGAUUUCAGUUUCUAACCUCAAAAAAUACAUCGAAUAUUUUUUGCCUGCUCCAGAUGUCCUGCCAGAACCGAAUAAAUACAACGUAAAUGUCACAGCAGAAGACACCUGGGCGUAUCACAAGCUAGUAAUUUCCUCCAAAGACGAAGCAGUUAGCAUCGAAGUCACGCCAUUCAACUGCAGUCACAAACUUCGUCUUCUCGUUCGAGAAAACCGUCAUCCAACCAAGGAAAAAUUUUCGUGGCGAAAAGAAAUCUGGCACUCUGCUACCGAAGUUCCGUCAAACACUAGCUACUCAGCAUGUUUUAAGGACUAUUCUCAUUACACACUUUUCAUAUCGAACACAAGACUGAAACAGUCUACCUACUUUAUUGGCGUUUGGUAUUCAAGUAGGAAAGAGGACAUGAGAAGUUUCAACGAGACUGCUGUAAUGAAGUACUCCAUUAGAGUUUACAAAUCAAAAUGCCUCUAUUGGAACCAGCGACAACAGGCAUGGAAGGGCGACGGCUGUUUUGUGAGUCUUUCAGUAGUUUCCAUUUCAGUCUUUAAUUUCCAUCUGAUCCAAAUGUAGAGUAUUAUUUAUGCUUUAAUGUGAUGCAGCAAGUAAUCAGCCUUUAGUGUUUGAUUCAAAUGUAUAUGAGAUCAUGUGCACUGUAUUGGCAGAGGUGUUCACUCCGUAAGACAAGUCAUAGUAUGGUGGUAGCUUAUAAUACAGGAAUACCUUUAUCCACUGACAUCUACUGGUAGUGACAAGACACCUAUCUUAAUCAUAUUGCUAUUUCUAGCUCUUCUCGUCUAGUGUAUUAGUAUUAAAUCAAAAAUAAAUCCUCGCCAGCGACCAUUUUUUACUCAAUCAUUUAAAAUCAUUCCUAGGUUGGACCAUUUACAAGUCCAAAGCGAAUUCACUGUAUGACAAAUCAUCUGACAUCAUUUGGAUCUGGAAUGUUCGUAGCACCAAAUCCAAUCGAUUUCAGAAAAGCCUUGGCAGGGUUUGCCGACGCCUUUCAAAGUGGUAAUGUUGUAGUAAUGUUCACUAUCAUUACCUCGUUGAUGCUCUACUUGGUGCUGGCUAUAUGGGCUUGGAGAGUUGACAAGAGAGACGCCAGACAGGUAAGAAAAACUAACAUUGAUAAGUUGCAACUGGCUUUGGCCCAGUUCCUUAAACAUUGAAAACCAUACCAAUCAAGAAUUGGUCAGGUCCAGGAGAGGACACAUUCGUGUGAGGUAUAAAUGAGCACCCCUUAAAUUUCCAUUUGAUUCAGAUGCAGUUUAAUCGCUUUCCAUGCGUAGAAUGAUUGGCGAUAUACCCAUUUGACAUAAUUUUCACUGAUAACUUUCAUGAGCACUGAGGAGCCUCCUGGCUCUUUCGAUACAACCAAAAACAUAAUAGUCAGGAAAUUGGACCUAAGUGCUAGACACAUGAGAGACCAUUCAUUUCCAUAUAUUUCGGAGAUUAAUCUACAGUGGCAUGUACCCUUAAAAAGUUUUCUUUGCGCACAUGACAGCACUUUAUUGUCAUUAUUCACUGAUUUGUUUCCUCAUCAACAGGUCGGUGCCACCAUUCUUCCUCCCAGUCGACCAAACAGCCAGUAUUUGUACGAGGUAUACUUAGUUACAGGAAGCCGUAACGGUUCUGGUACGACAGCACAUGUUGGCUGUGAGAUUUUUGGAGAGGAUGACGGUAGUGGCCCGUGCUUUCUGCUAGAUGCCAACAGACCACUUUUUAGAAGAGGGGAUCUAAAUGUUUUCAUCUUAUCCGUGCCGCGUAGUUUUGGGGUCAUUCGAGGAAUUAAGAUUUGGCAUGAUAACAGUGGUUACAGUCCAUCAUGGUUCUUAUGCCGAGCGAUGCUCAGAGACUGUCAGACUGACGAGAAGUGGAUUUUUCUCGCAGGUAAGAAAGAGAAAUUUCUCAUUUUUGUCUCUUUUAAACACCCUUUUUAUGCCACAAAGUACGUAAGAGUGGUUUUUGGAUUAUCAAUACUCCCUAAGUUAGUUAUGAUUUUCACAUGUUUGUUGUGAAUCGUGUUUAAAGUCGUUGAUGCUCACGCCAUAUGAUAUUUUCAACAAGAAUACGUCUCCACUCGGGUGCUCAGUUACUUGAUAGAAGAACAUUUCAACUGUUAUUCAUAGGUUCGUGCUCUCAAUUCAUCAUUAGCAGGUAUUUUGUGGUUUGAUAAGAAUCGUGAUCUUUCCUCCUCGUAAAUAAUUUACCCUUCCUUUUCACAGGGCCUGCAGGCCGUUGGCUGGAUGUAGCAGAGGAAGACGGGAAAAUAGACGUAUUCCUCAACCCUGCAAGCGAACUCGACAUGAUCUCCUUCAAAAAGCUCUUCAACACAGAAGUACGCAAAGGGAUUUGUGACAACCAUCUUUGGUUUUCGUUGGCCUAUCGACCUCCAAGAAGUCCAUUUACUCGGCUUCAGAGACUCUCUUGUUGUCUCUCUCUAUUGUUCACCUUCAUGAUCACCACAGCAAUGUUUUAUGGAUCAGGUUCUGAACCAGGGGACACGUCCUCGUCUGUUCAGUUUGGACCCAUAAAGCUUAACAUGCGCACGGUCAUGAUUGCUAUAGAGAGUGCAUUGAUUGCAAUUCCAGUUAACAUUCUGAUAGUGGCCUUCUUUAGGAACUCCAAAGCGAAGGGAAAAAGGUCAAAAGAAAACAAAUGCUGUCACGGAGACACUGAUUCUCAAGCGUCUGAGCAGGAAACAGAAACUGACUCAAUCAACAGCGAUUUGCAUAAUUUAACCAAAAGCAUGGAAAAGGAUCGGGAUCUUGACGAUAUACAAUGCCAUAUCGGUGAUGAGGAUGUCUUUCAGAAAAGGAUAAAAGCAGACAGAACUGGUUCUGAAAGAGAGAAGUCAUUUCUUUCAACUGAAGAGACUGAGAGCAUCGAUGAUGAAUCUCUUCAAGACGCCCAAAAUCCAGGAUUUCUUGAAAACCUGCGUGGAAAGUUCCAAAGCGAUGGAGGACCCUGUUUUCCAUAUUGGUGUGUAUAUGUGGGUUGGGUGUUGUGCAUCUUGACUGUUUCGCUGUCUUGUGUGUUCACAUUAUUUUACAGCAUGAUGUGGGGGAAGGAAAAGUCAAACAUGUGGUUGACAACAAUGGCUAUUUCGUUCAUCCAAGAUACGCUUAUCAGUCAGCCAUUAAAAGUGGUUAUUGUAGCUUUGAUCUUUGCGGUGUUCUUUAAGUCAGCUGAUGAUGAAGACUAUUUUGAAGAGUCUCAAUCCGCACAAGGUUUGCAAAGUUUUUAAUGUAAAACGACUGACAAAGUGAAAUAUUUACAUCAAACGGUCUCAUGUUGUUAUCAAAAUUGUGGAGGAUUUUUCCAAACAAAGAAACCAACUUCCUCCUUAAACAAAGGACAUGCUGUCGAGCAGAAUAAGUUGUAAGAGGCAUAAGGUAACGAAAAUAAGAGAUGGGACUGCAUGAUUCUCUUAGUUUCAAAUUUGCACAGUUUUCCAAAUAAAUCCCAAACUUUUUGGCAGUAAUUUUAACCAAUUUUAUGUUCAGUGAUAAAACAAUUUGAGGAUGUUGAUAUUUUUCUUUCGCAAUUUUUAGAAGUGUCAAACGAAGAGGAAAUACAUCAAGAGCUUUCAAAUGAGGAACUGGCCCAGUACCAUCCCCCUCCGAAGGAAAUUCUGAGAAUUUUAAGGAUCAAAGAGAUCCGAAGACGAGAGACCAUCAAAAUUUUCACAGAUAUUUGUUUGUACGUUAUUUUGCUGGCAAUGGUGAUGAUUCUAAGCUUCCAAUAUAGGAACCCAGCAUCGUACAAGAUGAUCAACACUUUGAGGCGGGUGUUUGUAAAUCCUAUGCACAAUAACAGUCGCGUGCGGUUUGAACAGGUAUACAUGUUGAAUCAACAUAUGUCAAAGCUAUACCAAGCUUUCACUGCCAGGCUGUGUUGUAAUUAAACGCUUCUCCUCUCAAUAUAUUUUGUCCAAACUCCUACAAGCUUCUCAUAAGACCUAAUUCACAGUUGGUGAGAAAUUUUUCUUUCUAUCAAAGUUUCCUAAAAGGUGGUUAAUGAACCUUUCGGGCUGAUCUCCAUCAAAAUGAUAACAAAACUUCACCCCUCAUACCAUCUCUCCUCAGGUGAACACUGUGAAUUCCAUCUGGGACUGGAGGAGGCAGACCCUAUUACCAGGAUUAUUCCCGGAGAAAAUUUACGAGGGCUUGCCCAGCGAGCCGUACAUGGCUGACAGAAUGUCGCUGCGGCUGGGUGUAGCGAGACUGCGCCAAGUUCGUAUUCAGAAAGGUACCAUAACGGUCGAUGUUUGUACUCUUUGCAAACAGGAGUUAGAAAUGGACUAGGUUGGAGGACGAUCCGGCCUAGUUCCCAAUUUCCUCACGAGGAUCUGAACGGGUGCAGCUAAAUAACUGGCGUCACUUUAUGAAAACGCUUAACUGGGUGUUAUCGAACUGAUGAUGGACUUAGACCCCAUCGUUUCAACAGUUUCGGCUUCCCAAAUCACAUAAAUAAGGAUAGGUUGCAGUCCCUUCCAGGCGCUGGCCUAGUACCCUUGUUCUACCAAUUAGUUUUCUUAUGUAUUCUUAUAUUACGCUGUUUUAAUUCAUUGCAGUAAUUAUAAUUGUGGGAAAAUGAAACCAUUUAAUCUUCUCUUUAGACCUUAGAAAACUUGAUUAACCGACACCUUAUUACCACCUCAUAAAUUAUUUUUUUCGUAUUUUAAGGUACCUGUUCAGUUAACAAAUGGUUUGACGACAUAUUUCAUGAAUGUAACGGAUUUUAUUCAAUGCUAAAAGACGACACUAAGUUUUAUGAUUCUCGUUGGGAGAAUGCAACAGUUAAACCCAAGAAUACUGAUAACAGGAACUUGUUUUCAUUCUCGUCCGGGACGUCUGAUCACAGACAUACCCCGUGGCAGCAUAUGGACAAUUUCGCUGCCCAUCAUGUAUUGCCAGUCAUUGGGAAAUUUGCAACUUACAGUGGAGGUGGUUAUGUAAUUAUUCUGAACCAGAGUACAGACACUCCUGAGGAACAACUGCACUGGUUGGAUAGUCGCACCAGGGCUCUCCACGCCGAAUUCGUUGCCUACAACCCCAGCAUCAACAUGGUUGCUGCCGUAACGAUUACAUUUGAGCUCCCACCUUUGGGUGGGGUAUAUAAAAGUUUCGAGGCAUUCACUGUUAGCAUGUAUGGUUCUUUGCGGAAACAUCCAGCUGCAAGAAUAAUCGGUGAAGUUACAGCUGCUGUUGUGCUUGUUUUUAUGAUAUAUCGCGCUGUCUUUGCGAUAUUUCACGACAAGUGUCAAUAUUUCAGAGAUGCAUCGAAAGUUUUGGACCUUAUCUUCGUAUUUACGGGUAUUGUAAUCGUGUUUUUGAAAGUUUUAAAGGAGGGAUUCAAAAACCUGGCCACUGAUCAGUUCAAAGAAGAUCCAAAACAAUUCCUUGAUUUUUACCAGUGUGGCUUCUACGAUGAGUUGACCGACUAUGCUUUCGCUUUCCUCAAUUUUAUAGCCAUUGUUAGAUUUUCGUUUUUCCUGAAAUUGCUUGGGUGCUUGGAGCACAUUUUAUUGACCAUUGCGGGUUGUUUUAACGAGCUUCUUGCGUGUCUUGUUGUGUUUUUCUGCCUCAUGAUGGCGUUCACGUCCUUGUUUUCCAUUGCCUUCCACGGCGACAGUGAUGAUUUUAAGGAUUUCUCAAGCUCAUUGCAAACCUCGAUUUCAUACAUGGCGCGCAUGGUUAGAACUGAGGAAGCCGUGACCUCACAUACAGUUUUACGAGCAGUGGCGUUAUUCUCAUGUUGUGCGACUCUGAUCUUCUUUUACUUGACUGUAAUUCGCUCGAUUUUCAUUGUAGGUUACAGGAAAACGGUAAUGAAAGAUCGUGGAAAGGUGAAAGAGAAAUCGUUUGAGUCCGGAGUUUUCGAAAUUUUAAAGGAUAAGUUUCGAGAAUUGGCAGGUAUUGAAAAAGAGAAUAAAGUAAUUGUCCAAGAGGAAGAAGAUACUCAUGAAGUGAGGUUAAAGGCUCUUGUAAAUUACAUCACUAAAAGUCAGUUUUUGCGAAUUCAGCUUUUCGUUAACGAGGUUUACACAGAUGAUUUUGCAGAAGACCUGAGCCUUUUCGAGGAGGUACCUCUAAAGAAGAGGCAUCAACAUUCCAUAAAUAAAGAUACUGGCGUCCAGGAAGAUCACAAUUUAAAAAGAGCGGAAACGUCCAAGCCCACAACGGAAGUCAAUCAAGAUUCGAUUCCUGAAGAUAUGCAGAGUAAAAGUGAGCAAAAGUUUCGUGUGACUUUCGACCUCCCCGGCGAAAACGACAGAGCCACUACAAGAAUUACAACAUUUAACGAAGAAGGAGAGCUUGGAGGUAACAAUGCCUCAAGAGACAACAAUACGGAAAUGCCAAACGAAACAGAGAAGUUGAAUGCACUUGAGAAAUUAAUUGAAGAGAAAAUAAGAGGUUUGCAGACGCGUAAAGAGGAUUCUACACCGCCUUCAGACUUUGGAUCCGUCGAAAAGGAGAUACAGAUGCUUACAAGACUACAACAAAGGAUUGAUGCAGCAAGAAUACAAGGAACACCAUCAACGCAACCCUCUCAAGAAAAAGUCACAAAAGAUUGA